UCCGAGCGGAGAGCCACCGUCCCGUCGAGCACCGAGCACCAACUGGACGCGACUCGCAUAGCAGGACACGAGCGGUCCUCCGCAGCGUUGAGAUCACAUGAGGGACGUAAGUUUCUGCAUUUCUAGGCUUGGUUCGUGAGCUUUGGUGUAUUGAGCCAAUGAACCAUAUUUGACAGUAUAAGAGCAACUCCAAGAGACUCUCUAUAUCUUUUCUCUCGUUGCUAGGAAUAGAGAUUUUGAUGGAAAAAUACCCUACAACAGUUUCUCUAAGUGGUUAUCCAAAUGUAGCCAUCCCCUGUUCUGUAUUUCUUGCUAACUAAAGAUAGAUAACGAAAAUGGCUUUCUAGAGUGUACACAAGAUAUAUAAAAACUGUUGGAGAGUGAAAACAUAUAGAAAACAACUUUAAUAUAGAAGGCUCCUCAAAUGAUAAUUUAGAUAGUGUGUUUUAGAAAGACUCUUGGAGAUACAUCUAUAUAUCUUUACUAGUAUUUCCUUCCAAAUCUUGGGUAUGCCAAGGAAUACAUGGGCAUACCCCUAGCUCCGCCCAUGGCCUCAGCAUUCAGCAACAGGCCGGCACUCCAAACCACCUUCCCCAUCCGGCCGGCGCCGGAGCGCCGCACACACUUCUUCCCGUCCCUGAGAUCCUGACAGCGACAAGAGAAAAGCCGCUACUACAGGAGGAGAGCCGAGCGCCUUCUCUGCUCAGAAAUGGGCCGGCCGCCGCGCCUCCUCUGCUGCCUCUUCCUGGCCCUCUCCCUGGCCGCGGUGGCGCGCGCCGCCACGCGCCACCACGAGUGGGAGAUCAGCUACCAGUUCAAGCACUCCGACUGCGCGCGCAAGCUCGCCGUCACCAUCAACGGCCAGACGCCCGGCCCGACCAUCCGCGCCGUGCAGGGCGACACCGUGGUGGUCCGGGUCAAGAACGCGCUGCUCACCGAGAACGCGGCCAUCCACUGGCACGGCAUCCGGCAGAUCGGCACGCCGUGGGCCGACGGCACCGAGGGCGUGACGCAGUGCCCCGUCCUCCCCGGCGACGUCUUCACCUACACCUUCGUCGUCGACCGCCCGGGCACCUACAUGUACCACGCCCACUACGGGAUGCAGCGGUCGGCGGGGCUCAACGGGCUCAUCGUCGUCUCGGCGGCGCCCGGCGGGCCCGACGCCGAGCCGUUCGCGUACGACGGCGAGCACGAGGUGCUGCUCAACGACUGGUGGCACAGGAGCGCCUACGAGCAGGCGGCGGGGCUCGCGUCCGUGCCCAUCGUCUGGGUCGGGGAGCCGCAGUCGCUGCUGAUCAACGGCCGCGGCAGGUUCGUCAACUGCUCCGCCAUGGCCGCCGGCGCCUGCAACGCCACCCACCCGGAGUGCGCCCCGCAGGUGUUCGCCGUCGUGCCGGGCAGGACCUACAGGUUCCGCAUCGCCAGCGUCACGUCCCUGUCGGCGCUCAACUUCGAGAUCGAGGGCCACCCUAUGACGGUGGUGGAGGCCGACGGGCACUACGUGAAGCCGUUCGUGGUGAAGAAUCUCAACAUCUACUCCGGCGAGACCUACUCCGUGCUCAUCAAGGCCGACCAGGACCCGAACCGCAACUACUGGCUCGCCUCCAACGUCGUCAGCCGCAAGCCCGGCACGGCCACCGGCACCGCCGUCCUCAGCUACUACGGCGGGCGCAGCAGCCCCCGCCGCCCUCCGCCGACCACCCCUCCCACGGGGCCGGCCUGGAACGACACCAUGUACCGGUUCCGGCAGAGCGUGGCGACGGUGGCGCACCCGGCGCACGUCCAGCCCCCGCCGCCGCGCGCCGACCGCACCAUCCUCCUGCUCAACACCCAGAACAGGAUCGGCGGGCGCACCAAGUGGGCGCUCAACAACGUCUCCUUCACCCUGCCCCACACGCCGUACCUGGUGGCCAUGAAGAGCGGCCUCCUGGGCGCCUUCGACAGGCGGCCGCCGCCGGAGACGUACGCGCACCGGGGCUACGACAUCUACGCCGUGCAGCCGAACCCGAACGCGACGACCAGCGACGGGCUGUACCGGCUGCGGUUCGGGUCCGUCGUCGACGUGGUGCUGCAGAACGCCAAUAUGCUGGCGCCCAAUAACAGCGAGACGCACCCGUGGCACCUGCACGGGCACGACUUCUGGGUGCUCGACUACGGCAUCGGCCGCUUCGACCCGGCCGUGCACCCGGCGACGUACAACCUCAGGGACCCCGUCCUCAAGAACACGGUGGCCGUGCACCCCUACGGCUGGACGGCGCUGCGGUUCAAGGCCGACAACCCCGGCGUGUGGGCGUUCCACUGCCACAUCGAGGCCCAUUUCUUCAUGGGGAUGGGCAUCGUCUUCGAGGAAGGCGUCGAGCGGCUCGCCCAGCUCCCGCGGGAGGUCACGGGGUGCGGGAAGAACAACGGCCACUGAUCGAUCGACCCACUCAUUGAGUAUCACCACCAAGGUCUCCCCGCCUGAUGUACGGGUUAAAUUUCUUGCACUGAUCGAUCGAUUUGGGUGUACCACCAUUCAUUUUUUUUCUAAUUAAGUCGAUCGAUCAUCAAAUGCAAGACUAACAAAUUGAUUAAUUCGGCUAUUUCUGGUUGACA